GAAGAAGAAGAAUUAAUGGCCACAUCUCCAUCUCCAUCUCAAUCUCCAACUACAUUCAUUACUCACCUUCAUAUCAAAAAGCCAUCAAGUUUAUACGCCAAUCAAUGGAGUAUCAGUACUCUCGAAUGCCAAAAAGUCCAAAAAGCUCUUGAGACUCAUGGCUUCUUUCUAGUCAAAUAUCAUGAUGAUCAAGAACAAGAGCAAGAUGAAUGUUCUCUCUUGCAUGAGACCUUCUCAUCCUUGAACCAACUCUUCAACCUCCCUCGAGAGACCAAGCUCAAGAACUCAUCUCUACCUCCUUACUACACCUACUUUCGCACCACUGUCUACGAAACCCUCGCCGUUGUCAAUUCCUUUUCCUCCUCCGGCCAACUCCUCUCCUUCACUCAACUCAUGUGGCCUCAUGGCAAUCAAAAGUUCUAUGAAACAAUGAGGAGAAUGAGUGGCAAGUUGAUAGAGUUAAGCAAGAUUAUAUUAUGCAUGUUGUGCAAGAGUUAUGGUGUUAUUGGGAGGACUGAGUUAGAUCAUAGUGCUGCUGAUCAUGAAGCAACCAUGGAUCCUCUUUUUAGGAUGAUGAAGUAUUCAGCUCCACUAAGCAAUAACAAUAAUGAUGGUGACGGCGACGGUGACGGUGACAACGAUGAAGAUGAGGAACCAAUCCUCAGACUCACCCCUCACACCGACCAGAAUUUUGUGACAGUUUUAUGCCAAAAUGAGGUUGAUGGACUUAUGUGCAAGUCCAGGGAUGGAGAGUGGAUGAAAGUCAACCCUUCUCCUGGUUCCUUCAUCGUUCUUGCUGGUGAUGCUCUCAGAGUGUGGAGUAAUGGGAGGAUACAUGCACCAUUGCACAAAGUGAUGAUGAAGGGAAAGAAGGAUAGAUUGAGUUUUGGGAUGUUUGUAGGUCCAAAAGGUGAUAAGGUGGUAGAGGUGUUUGAUGAGUUUGUUGAUGAAGAAGAAGGACGGCCAGCUAUUUUCAAACCAUUCAUCUUCUUGGAUUAUCUUAAUUUUUCUUUGGAGAAUGUUUGCAGAGCUGAGACAAUGCUUGAUUCCUUUGAAUGCAUUAAUUCAGCCUGAUCCUUAAUUCAUGAUAAUGCUUUAUAAAUUGUUAUUCAUUACUUCAUUUGUGAAGUACAAGAAAAUUUACUAGUUAAAAUCA